CACAUCGCAAUCGUCUUUUCUCUGUUUUAUUACUCAUCGUAUGUGUUUAUCAUAAAAUUUAGCGAAAAAUUUCUUCCACGUUCGAGCUGAUUAGUUUUCAGAAAGAUUCGUAACACUACUAACGAACACCAUGGAGGAGGAUCUUCCGACCGAGUUCGAUCUGAUCGUGAUCGGAACCGGCCUUCCGGAAUCGAUUGUGGCAGCGGCGGCCAGCCGUGUUGGCAAAACGGUGCUACAUCUCGAUAGCAAUGAGUACUACGGUGGGUUUUGGUCAUCGUUCAAUUUGGAAAGUUUGGGAAAGUACGUGGAGGAAUGUCGCAAUGGUUUCGAGAAUCUGCAACCUACUACGGAGGGUGUGACGACGAGAGAUGAUUUAAUUGCCCUGAAGAGGGCCACUCGCAUUGAAAAUGUUAGCGAGAGAUGGUUCGAUUUCGAAAAGCACGGAGAUAUCGAUGGAUGGAAUAAGGGUAGUAUAAUGAAGGAAUUUCGUCGAUUCAAUAUCGAUCUGUGCCCUAAAUUGCUAUACGCACGGGGGGCUAUGGUGGAGUUGUUGAUAUCGUCGAAUAUAUGCCGGUAUGCGGAAUUCCGAGCAGUUGAUCGUGUAGAGACCGUAUGGAACGAGAAAAUUAUGACGGUGCCCUGCUCCCGUUCGGAUGUGUUCACCAGCCGGGAUGUAAAUGUUGUCGAGAAGCGCCUGUUGAUGAAAUUCCUUCAGAGCUGUGCCAGUUAUGACGGUGAUGGGGACGAACAUAAUGCGCAAGAUAUUGAGGGGAAAACAUUUCGCGAAUAUUUGAAUAAUCACAAGCUUACCCCGAAUCUGAUACACUAUUUGCUAUACACGAUUGCUAUGGGUAACGAUAAAACCAGUUGUCGAGAGGGCUUGGAGGGGGUGAAAAAAUUCCUACUCAGUUUGGGCCGAUACGGCAAUAGUCCCUUCCUGUUUCCAAUGUACGGCUGUGGUGAGAUUCCUCAGUGUUUCUGUAGACUCUGCGCCGUUUUCGGUGGAGUUUAUUGUUUAAGCAAGUUCAUCGACGGAGCCAAUCUGGAUCAGGAGCGCACUUUCCGAUCGCUUAGGUGCUCUAAGCAAACAAUCGAAGCGAAACACCUGGUUGUUGGCCAAGGGUAUACAUCGGAGGAUAUAAUUAACGAAACGCUUGAAACGAAGACUGAUAGCAAUCGGAAUCGAUGCGGGAAGAUGGCUCGUGCUGUAAUACUGACGAACAUUCCACUGGGAGGCCUCUCCCAAAACACUGGCGGUGGUGGUGUAUCGUUCAUGAAGCUUCCACCGGCUGAAGGGCAUGAGGAUGGAGCCACUGUUAUUCAAUUAGCACAUUUCAGUGGUACUUGCCCAAAGAACAUUUAUUUAAUACACGUGACGGUGAAAUCGAUCAGCAAUGACCCAAAAGCCGACCUAGAGCCAUAUAUAGUGCAGAUUCUCAAUCGAGAAGUACCGAAAUCAACGCAAGCAUUUACAGAUGUGGAACCGAUCGGGAACAAGGAAGAGAGCAACGUUUCUACUGUCCUGUAUGAGCUUUACUUCAACAUUCCAAGUUGUGUCACCUGCUCACACAACGCUUCCAAAGAUUCUCUCCCGAAAGGAAUCCAUUUAACCUGCGGUCCCUUCUAUGAAUUAGAUUACGAUGUGAGCAUAGCGCGGGCGAAGGAGAUUUUUAAAGACAUUUACCCGGAGGAAGAAUUUCUUCCUCGGGCCCCCGAUCCGGAGGAAAUCAUCAUAGGCGAUGAGACCGAUGAGGGGCAGGAAAUAAUCGCUAGUGCUGAAGAGAUUGGUGACCAGGAAAAGGUGGAGAGCGCUCGCGAGUGUCGGGAGAGUGAAUCAUCCGUUGGUACGGUUCCAUCGGUAACAGGGAUUUCGGAUGCCCAGGAAGCUAAGGAGGAGGCGAUUGAAAACGCGGAAGAGUGCUUAGAGCGGAAAUAGGCAACCCUCCCGUUUAGCCUAAAUAUACUUUAUAAGCUUACCGGGCUUUGAGUGUGCUUGCAAUCGCUUAGUUUACAUAUUUUAAUCGUCGUAAUAUUUAUUGCCGUGUUCUCUUGCUGUGCUGUGUCAUUUAAAUAGCAUCAAUAAAUUACUAUCACUACUGCUUAA